ACAACCCACGGGUCACCAGCCCUCGGCCAGCCCCGCGCCUUCCUGCCCAGUGGGUGAGGGCUUUAGUCGGCGAUCUCUCCGCGCAUGGCAAGGACUUCGCUCCUGUGGUCCAGUGCCUCUUUUAGCCCCGUCUUUCCACCCGGAGGAGCCCGGGACCUGCCCCGGUGAACCGAUUCAGAAAGCGGAGUGCGCAAGCCGAGCAGCAGCACCUGCCCAGGGCGAGCGCGAGAUCUGAUGGAAGGGGCCCAGUGAUCCUGCCCUCGACGCCUGUUUUUGUUCUCUGCAGGUCAAGCUCUCGUGCGAGGGUGUAAAAUGUACCAGAACUUGGCGCUGGCCCAGAGCCCCAGCCAUGCCACCUACGCCGACUCGGGAGCCUUUCUGCACGCUUCGGGAGCCGGCUCCGCGAUGUUCGUGGCACCUACGCGCGUGCCCUCCAUGCUGCCCUACCUGCCUGCGUGUGAGCCGGGCUCGCAGCCUCCCGUGCUCGCCUCACACUCUAGCUGGACGCAGACUGAUUCCUCAGCCUUCGGCUCCGGAAGCCCGCACCCGCCAGCCGCACAUCCACCCGGAGCCACUGCCUUCCCAUUCGCACACAGCCCCCCGGGAUCCGGCAGCGGCGGCGGUGCGGUGUCCCGGGACGGUGGCUCCUUCCAGAGCGCGCUGUUGGCUCGCGAACAGUACGCCACCCCGCUCGGGAGACCCAUGAGUGCCUCGUACUCUACAACUUAUCCAACAUACGUGAGUCCUGAUGUAACGCCUUCGUGGACCCCGGGACCCUUCGACAGCAGCGUCCUGCACGGUCUGCAAGGUCGCCCUGGCGGCCUCCCUGGCCGCAGAGCCACCUAUGUACCUGACUUCUUGGAGGAGUUCCCUGGUGAGGGCCGGGAGUGCGUCAACUGUGGAGCCCUGUCCACACCACUGUGGCGCCGUGAUGGCACCGGACACUACCUAUGCAACGCCUGCGGCCUCUAUCACAAGAUGAACGGUGUCAACCGGCCACUAGUGAGGCCCCAGAAGCGACUGUCCUCAUCCCGCCGAUAUGGCCUGUGCUGCUCCAACUGCCACACUGCCACCACCACCCUCUGGAGGCGCAACGCGGAGGGAGAACCUGUGUGCAAUGCCUGUGGCCUCUACAUGAAGCUCCACGGGGUGCCAAGGCCACUGGCAAUGAAAAAGGAGAGUAUCCAGACAAGAAAACGGAAGCCGAAGAACCCUGCCAAGAUCAAGGGCUCCUCAGGAUCCACAGUAAGCACCACAGCCUCUUCUCCCACCAUCCUCAACACUGAGAGCUCAGCCACCACUUUGAAGGCAGAGCCCAGCCUGGCAUCUCCACUGUGUGCUGGGCCCACCGUCACCUCCCAGGUCUCCAGCCCAGUGGACGAAUCCCUGGCCCCCAGCCAUUUGGAGUUCAAGUUUGAGCCUGAAGACUUUGCCUUCACCAACUCGUCCCCGAGCCCUCAGGCUGGCUUCAGUGGGGUCCUGCGUCAAGAGACCUGGUGUGCCCUGGCCUUGGCCUAGGUGCUUGGGAAACUGUUACCACAGGAGCUCCAAGAAACAGAGGUUGUUAGUACCUGAAGCUAGCAGCCCCAAGGGUCCCUCACCUCUGUGGCGGGAAAGCUUUCUGUGAUGACUGCCUAGAGAAAGAAGGAGGCCGGAGGAUGAACGGUUGGAUCCUGAUCUGGGACAGCAAUGGAUUCCCCAAGCCCCCCUCAUGGACCCCUCUGCAGCCAAGACGACUGGAGUUACCCACAAGUUACUUGAAUUCAGCUCUUGCCAUCAAUGGUCGACAUUUACAGUUUGUAGCCGCUGGCAAAGGUUCACAGCAUCCCACAGUAAAAUCUGAUCCAAGUGAAACAAACAGAGUCCAUGCAAGCAGUAAGCAAAAGGGGACCCGACACAAGGCCUCUGGGGCCUCAGGUCUUCAUUUCCCACGUUUGCCUCUGCAAAGCUGAAAAGGUCCUUUUCUUACUGAUGGAUGCAGGACCAGUGUGCAGGCUGAGCACUGUACCAGGACACUACCCCGAGGCGAAUGCCUCCCUCUGGCCAUCAUCAUAAACUUCCGUAUUUAUUUGGAUGUUCAUUUCCAGACAGGGCAGUAAAGGGCAUUGUUCUGGCAAUCUGUGUCCUAAGGCUUUUGCUAGUGGGUAGACCUACACAGAGACACUGUUGGAACUGGGUGACAUGUGACCUUGUAGCCUGGCUCAGCCACCAUCCCAGCAGCUGGUAAUGCAAUCCCAGGUCAUGUCAG